UCUCGCCGGCACGGACCGGAAGCGCUGGGGGGCGGUGGACAGUCGCUGCCGAGCCGCUCAGCGACCUUUGCACGUGCCGGGAUGACGCGGGUGCUGCGGGCCGCGGUGGACCUGGGCCUGAGGCGGCGGCGGCAGCAGUUCUUGUGGACCAGCUGCAGACAAUGUUCCUCAGGAAUCAUUCCCAACGAAAAGAUCCGCAACAUUGGAAUCUCUGCACACAUAGACUCGGGGAAAACAACACUAACGGAGCGCGUUCUUUUCUAUACUGGCAGGAUAUCACAGAUGCAUGAGGUAAAAGGCAAAGAUGGAAUUGGGGCUGUCAUGGAUUCUAUGGAGCUAGAGCGACAACGUGGUAUCACAAUUCAGUCUGCAGCGACAUAUACUAUGUGGAAGGAUGUUAAUAUCAACAUCAUUGAUACACCAGGGCAUGUAGACUUCACAAUUGAAGUGGAAAGAGCACUGCGAGUUCUUGAUGGAGCUGUCCUGGUGCUCUGUGCUGUUGGAGGAGUUCAGUGCCAAACAAUGACAGUCACCAGGCAAAUGAAGCGUUAUAAUGUCCCAUUUCUAACAUUCAUCAAUAAGCUGGACAGAAUGGGCUCAAGUCCCACCAGAGCUGUGCAACAACUGAGAUCCAAGUUAAAUUACAAUGCAGCCCCUAUUCAAAUUCCCAUUGGUCUUGAAGGAAACUUCAGAGGGAUUAUAGAUCUUAUUGAAGAAAAGGCCAUGUACUUUGAUGGUGAUUUUGGGCAGAAGGUUCGAUAUGAUGAAAUCCCAGCUGAAUUUAGAGCUGAGGCAGCAGACAGACGUCAGGAAUUGAUUGAAUGUGUUGCUAACUCAGAUGAGCAACUUGGAGAACUGUUUUUGGAAGAAAAGAUCCCUACAGUAGCUGAUUUAAAGCUUGCAGUAAGAAGAGCAACACUGAAAAAGUCUUUUACCCCUGUACUUAUGGGAAGUGCUCUGAAAAACAAAGGAGUGCAACCACUGCUGGAUGCUGUCUUAGAGUACCUCCCAGAUCCAUCUGAAGUCAAGAAUUAUGCUAUCCUCAACCAGGAGGAUUCUGAGGGCAAAACCAAGCUGUUGCUGAACUCAGUCAGAGACAACUCCCAGCCUUUUGUAGGCCUGGCUUUCAAGCUGGAGGCUGGCCGAUUUGGGCAGCUGACAUAUGUUCGAGUUUAUCAGGGGAUGCUAAAGAAAUCUGAAUACAUAUAUAACACCAGGACAGGAAAGAGGGUGCGCGUGCAAAGACUGGUUCGUAUGCAUGCAGACACACUGGAGGAUGUAAAUGAAGUUUAUGCAGGAGACAUAUGUGCAUUGUUUGGAAUUGAUUGUGCAAGUGGGGAUACAUUCUCUGAUAAAUCUUGUAAUCACAUUUCCAUGGAAUCAAUUCAUAUCCCUGAUUCUGUCAUUUCUGUAGCCAUGAAGCCUUCCAACAAGAAUGACUUGGAUAAAUUUGCAAAAGGACUGAACCGGUUUACAAGAGAAGAUCCCACCUUCAGAGUCCACUUUGAUGAUGAGAACAAGGAAACCGUUGUUUCUGGAAUGGGGGAACUACAUUUGGAAAUCUAUGCUCAGCGAAUGGAAAGAGAAUAUGCUUGUCCUUGUACAAUGGGAAAACCAAAAGUUGCCUUUAGAGAGAGCAUCGCAGCAUCUGUACCGUUUGAAUACACCCACAAGAAGCAGUCGGGUGGGGCGGGGCAGUAUGGGAAGGUGAUUGGGGUCCUGGAGCCCCUGGAGCCGGAGAACUUCACCAAGCUGGAGUUCAAGGACAGAACCGUGGGGACCAACGUCCCGCAGCCGUUCGUACCCGCCGUCGAAAAGGGAUUCCGUAGUGCAUGUGAAAAGGGUCCUCUGACAGGUCACAAGAUAUCUGGAGUCCGGUUCGUCCUAGAUGAUGGUGCACAUCACAUAGUGGAUUCUAAUGAAUUCUCUUUCAUCAGAGCAGGGGAAGGUGCACUCAAACAAGCUAUGGAAAAUGGAAGAGUGUGUAUUCUUGAGCCCAUUAUGUCCGUGGAAAUUGUAGCACCAAAUGAAUUCCAAGGAGCUGUGAUUGCAGGAAUUAAUCGCCGUCAUGGAGUGAUCACAGGACAAGAUGGUGUAGAGGACUAUUUUACUUUGUAUGCUGAUGUGCCACUGAAUGAGAUGUUUGGAUAUUCCACUGAACUGAGAUCCUGCACAGAGGGAAAGGGUGAAUAUACAAUGGAAUAUAGUAGAUACCAGCCAUGUUCACCUAGCACUCAGGAAGAGCUAAUUAACAAACAUCUAGAAGCAACAGGAAGACUUCCUGCAAAGAAGGGCAAGGCUAAGGGCUGACUUUCAUCCUCUUGAACUUCACUGAACAGUUUUUCACAAUCUUCUAGCCAGGCUUUGAAAUUGGACUUAGUUGGGACUUGUUCUUUAUUAAAACUGUCUUCAUUCACAAUGUACUCAGAAAUUAUCAGGAGGUCACUACUAAAAUGGUCAUGUACAAAUUCCAUUCAUUAGCAAAAAAUCGUAAUAUAAUAAUCAUAAUUUGUUGUUGAAGUUCUUGUUUUAUGCCAUUUGUUUUAAAAUGAUGAAGUAGUUUUAUUUUUUACUUGAGAAAAUACUGGGAUCUGAUUAAAGACAUUAUUGCCCCUUAAUUUUUAGAGGUGUCCAGUAUGCCGAUUUGAGUGACUAAAUUCGUGUAGCCACUAGUUUGUAAAUGAGUUGUCAUCCAACACAAUGAAUAUUUACCCUCUAAAAUCUGCUCCUGAACAGAUCCCUUUGCUCCUACAACUUGUUCAGUGACAGUACCCAUUUAGGAAGUGAACAUAAAUAUUAAUUUCUUUCUGGUCCUAAAACUGAAUUAUAGGUUCUUUCAGAUGUUUGUCAAUACAACUUGCUACUCACCUGCUCUGCUCACAACAGAUGAUCCCCCUAUAACAAAUAUGGAAAGAGUUACUGGGCACAGCUACAUGUGAUGCCGCUGCUACAUUGCUGUAGCAAUGCAUUCCCUUGGUAUUGUGCGAUGCUACAGCAAUGUAGCAGCUAAAAAUAACUGCAUCAUGUACAGUGCAGUAUGGGCUGUUACUGUGCUGUCAUUUAGCACUUCCAAGAGGAAGUAACAAAGGCGCUGUAGGGACAUAUGUAGAUGCGUCCACUGAGAACUUAGUUUUACAAACCUUUCGUUAAACUAGAGGUCUUUGUAAGCUACAAUUUUAUAUGGAUUUAGCUGUUGUUUCAUUUGUGUGCUCAUCAGUAGGUUCUUCACAUUCCCAGUUGGAUCCCUUUGUGGACACCAAAGACAAAAAACAAAUUUUUGGCUGAAUCUUUCCAAAAAUCUUGCAUUCAAGUAGGUAGGUCAUUCUGUCAUUGAAACUGAGAUCAACAGUUCCCUUGAGGGCACUACAGUGAGAGGCAAGCUGCUACAGUUAGUUGAGGAGGUAAGGAUAUUGUUGCUUUUUUAAAAAUUGUUGCUACCUUAUCAAAAGAAUUUGAUGUUUACCUGUGCUAACUCUCCCGUGACCCACUGCAGUUUCUACUGUGUGCGCCAUAGCAGUAAUAGUGAGGUUAGAGUUUGAGAUCAAAACCACUGAAGCAUUUUGGGACUCUGUUCCUGCAACUGGAUUUUGGGAGAUGUUCAACAGCCCUGGAACAGAAUUGUAAUAUCAUCUACUUUGUCACUGCAUUAAGCAAAAGUAGUGAAGAGGUUUAUAAUAGGUCAUUUUUGCUUUUUAAACAAUUUCAGGCAUAUGCCAGGUACAUUCAGACACAAAUUAGAUGUGUGCCAUUUAAGACAAAAGUUUGUUUCCCUUCUCAUUUUUUAAUGCCUUGUGAAUAAUAUCAGCUGAAUUUGGCUUUUAUGAGUGCCCUGCAGUCUUUAUUCCAAUUGAAAAAUGUUCUAUAGCACUUUGCUGUAAAAAAAGCAGCAAUACAAAAGUGAUGAUGUUAAACUUUUGAAGAGAUACAGCAUUAUUUUUUUCAUUAUAUUCAUGGUUCUAAUUAGUCUACUUCUUGAAGGAUUGCUUUAAUUAACAAGUAUGUAUUGGAAACAGAUGUAUUGCUUUCAAAGUCCCAAAGGUUUUAAUGAAAUCAUGUGAAGAAUCGCUUCCAUUACAGGACUGAUGGGGAAUACAGUAGCUCCUAUCUUUGUGGUCACUGAACGGACUGAAAAGAGUUUUUCAGUGGAAGCAGCCUUCAAACAAUAGUGUGACAGAACUCGAAGCCUACUUCUACUCUCAUACUAUUAUUAAUAUGACUAACACCAUGUAAAUCUGAGGUAUGCCAUUACAAGCCAGUAUGAAAUAUUUAUCAGGCUUGUCACAAUUUCAGGUUCUGUGACUGGGGCAGGUUUCUUAAGAGGAUGUUUUGCGAAGGAGCUGUAACUUGGUAACAUACUCUUGUGUAAAGAGUUUGGGUAACUGUGUUCCUUUAGUGUCUGUUUUUUCCUUGGGUAACUGUUGUCUUGUUUGCAAUUAUAGAAGUUUCCAUCUGUCACCAAUAACCUUUUUAAUGGAAAAAGUAGCAGUGCUCCCUUAUCUCCAGUAGCUAAAUGGUCAGAUGGCAUUCAGUGGACAAAUUAGGGAUCACCGUAUGUGACAGCUCAUCAAAGAGAAGAAUUGCUUUGGUCUUUUCUAACAAAGUGACAAGCUUUGAAAAUUAUUGAAAUAUCUUAUUUAUUGUGACAGACAUUAAUUUAAGGUGCCCUCAUAUCUCAACCCAUGGCUUAAUGAAUCUGAGAUGAAAAGAUUUGACUGAAAUAAUUUAGUCCCAUAAUUUAAACCAUAAUGUCUCUCCCACUAAAAGAGGUUCCUUUAACCUGGUAUUAGUUUAAAAUGGUUCCUUGGUUUUAAGACAAUUCCAAAUAAAUGGGCCUAGACUUAGAGAAGGAUGGUAGGGGCAACUCAUUUGCCCUAAAUCUAGAACACUACCAUCUUGCAACAAGACUUUAACACGCUUAGGAUGGGAUACAGACAAAGCAAUUGAUAAGAAUGUCUGGCAUGAAGUUGUUUGAUUGGGCACUCUGAAAAUAACAAUUUUUUUUUUUCUUUCCUGAAGCUCUGAUGCAGGAGAAGCCUCUGUACAAAGCCCCAAGGCCUUGGCUGUUCUGUCCACCUUUAAGGAGAUGACAGGAACUCUGUGCAUAUUGUAAAUAAAAACACACUAAGGUC